UCUUCUUGAGCAGCAGGGUUAGCGGAGAAACUACAUUGGAGAAAUUCUCGAUGAAUCGACGGUACCAGCUCGCAACACCCAGGAAUCGGCGUAACUCUCGGACGGUCUUGGGAGCAGGAAAUGACACUAUGGAUGCCACUUUAUCCGGAUCCGUACAGAUGCCUUCGGAAGUGACGACAUGUCCCAGGUACUUCAGAGACUUCCGGACAAACUCACAUUUGUCGGGAUUGAGACGGGCACCUUACGAGAUUCGGCCAAUCUCUCCACCUCCUCGAUGAAGCCGCUCACACUACCUGUGCCACCAAAUGAAAUAUUCCAUUUGUGGACAGGAAUAGUUGGCCCCGGUGACGGUCGAGGUUCCGGCUCCAAUGGUACUCUCUCUCUGGUCAUGGUCCUGCCAGAGUUCACACAAGAUGCAGGUGUACCAGUAUGUGAGACAUCAGCAGCUGUCGGAAGAUUGACCCCAUCUCCAAGAUCAAUCAGGGAUGUUUCAGCUCUUUCCGGUUGGAUCGGGGACAUCCCAGGUGAACUGGGAACCUCCACAUCCAAGAGGGACCGUUCCUGCUGACUGGAUGGCUGUCCACGGGUGUUGCUACUACUCAGUUGCUCCAGCGUCUCCAAGGCCUUAGCUGUAGUCGCCUUCAGUUGUUCGAUCAGUUGUAA